GCCUCUGGUCCGUUUCAGCCGGCAAAGUGUCGUCCAACGGUCUCCUGCGCUUUACGGUUUGUUCCCGCUUUGUCCAGCGGGGGAAGCUUUGAAUACUGCUAAGUGCUCUUCCUUUGAAUUCAUCUGGUCACCUGCCACAACUGUAGCACGCAGAUGGCUGCUCGGACCACUACAUUGGGCGCUGAAUUGUCCUCGUGUCGCUUUAAUACUAUAAUUUAGCCGUUUGGUCCUCUACUCCCUUGUUUUUCGUGCCAUUGAAGGCCAACUGGUCGCGGAUCGUGAGUGGGAGAGAAUUAGAAGGGGUUGAAUUGCCGUGUGAGGGAGUGAUUGUUCUGAAACUUGGUUUGUGGUUUGUGGACGCGGCCGAUGGUCAUGCAGAAUUUGCCGCCAGUAAAUUGUGUAUAGACUUUUAUCUCAGGUGUUGUUUGAUGUGCAGACCAGCUGCAAGAUUUUCGGCAUUUGGGGUUUUAUUUAGUGUUGCCUUAACUGCUAUGUUGUUGAGGUGGAGCUGCCCCCGUGACGAGGACCCACGAUUGCUCUGCUGAGCGACGACGGUAGUUUUUGAGUAUUCUGUUGCAAAGAAGUGGUUUUUGGUUCUGGCAGCGGUUCAAACCUUUUGGGCGAUGGGGUGGCUGUGGGCUUGUCUUGGAAGUGGACCCGAUUUCCUGCCGAAGUUGUGCUCCGAAAAGUCUGUCAAAUGUUCGAAGUCACAGCAGGCGAAGGUUUCCAACAAGCCGCAUGAUUUGAGACUUCAUCCAUUCACCCAUCGACUUCCUAGAUAUGGGUGUAGAGACUAUGACCACCCUCAUCUGCAGUCGGUGCCACGCACUGGUAGAUGCGGUGAAGAUGAAAAUACGGAGGCAUUCAAAAUACCCACCACCUCCGUGAACACCUGUAUCAGCAUUAACACCCUCAAGAAGGCAUCUGAGAGAAGCCUGGAAUCUAGUUUCAGAAGAGAAUUUGGGAUUGCCAGGCGCUCAGAUGUGGACGAUUUGAAGGAUGAGGUCGCUGAACUGCGGCGAAGGCUUGCCAGUGAAGAAGCUGAAGCCAAGAAACUAAGGGAGGAGGUAAGCCACUUGCGCUCAUGUGGCGUGGUGCAAACGGCUAAGGAUGUGCCAGAUGAGCUUGUCAACCAGGAUCUCCAACGCAAAGAAACUUGUGACGCCUCGGGGCAUGCUAAAGAGAAUGAUGAGCAACAUCAUACUGGCAUUGCGCCCAUCAAGCAGCUCCGAAAAUGUUUAUCUGGACCUAUGCUCUUGGAUGCACAUCACAAUACGUCUAAACACUGUUCAGAUACUGAUGCCUUGGUUGGGCGAGCUUGCAAUGAUUCUCACCGUGUAGGACCUUCUCCGAAAUCCUAUUCUCUUUCUCAGAAAGCAAUGUAUGGUCAGUCUGAUUUAACACGCAACACUAGUCGCCAGGUUGAAGAGGGGUUUGUUGCAUCAGGAGCUGCAUCGAAGUCGUCUAAAAAUACUCUUGCGAGUGACCUGCUGCAGUAUCCGAGUGCGGAAGUUGCUGCGUGGACGAGUCAGACAGUUGUAGAUCAAGCAAGCUUUGAAGGUCAUGGCGAAGGAAUGGCUAGGGAUCUUGUGAUAUUAGAUUCUAUGGAUGUGCAUUGGAUUGAGGUUGCAAAUGCGCCUUGCCCAGGCGGCUAUCCCAUCAAUGUGCAAAGUGAUGUUAAAAAUGAUCUAAUAGGUUGUGGAGAAUUACCGCAGGGUUCUUCACGGGUAGCGUCGACAGAAAUUUAUGCUUCGGUGAUGAAUUCUCAAAGUUUGAGAGGAGAACGGCACCUUAAGUCCCGCUCGUGGUCUGGGAGUGAACCUUCUGAAGAACUUUCCAAAGAUCAGUCGUCAGUUCACAGUAACCUUUCACCUGCGUUUACCUCAGAUCAAAUUGAGGCUCAUCUAGCCCUAGCCGUUGCCGCAUUCAAUCAGCAGAAACGCGAAAUAGAAGUUAAACAUCAGUCAUUUUGUCGAGAACCCCCGUCCUCCUCGAUCACGAGUGCCCCACUUUCAAAUCCAGGCCCUGUGAUUGGAUUUUUCCGAAGAUCGAGGAAAAGAUCCCGUGUUCUUAGUAAUCGUGUGUUCCAUCAAAGAUCUCUGUCCCCGGUAAAGGAAGCUCUCUCUAUUGAAGAGAUUGCCUGGAGCAGUCAGAGCAGCAGUAGUAAGACGGAACCUGAAUCUGCUUCCCAACUGGAGCACUCAGUCCAAUCGAGUGAAUUCGGCCCCAGCAGAUUCUGCACGACUCUGACCAAGGGCUCACAAGCUCAGCAUUUAUCAGUUGAGGCAGCUUGCCUUGCAGAGCUUCCCCCAGUGAAAACACAACUUGAGGAACACGUUGACGAAUUAGAUGAGAGUCUCUACGCAAGUGUAGAAGACGCUACCCUGGCGCCUAUCCCGUGCUCGUCCCCUUCCCUCUCACCCCGAAAAAGGUCAGCAUCUGCGGCGCUGGAUACUAUGGUUGCAUUGAAGGGUAUAUCCAAGAGGAAAGCCGAGAGGAGAUACGAUGUGGAAGAUAGUGUGGAUGGAUUUCCGAAUGGAGCAGGCUGGGAGGGCGAAGAUAACGAUACCUUGGAUCACAGGAGAACCUCUUUCUCGCUCUUGGGAAAGUACUCGAGAACCUCUGGCCCGCAAACAAUUCGUGUGGGCCUCAGGGACCCAUCUUCAUCUCCAGCUUCAUCGGCGGAUUUCGUAGACGAGAAGUUUUCGACCCUGAAUCUCCCGAGUGUGACGUUCAAGCCUCCCAGCCAGGAUCUCUCCUUAAUGACUCCAAGUACCUUAAAACAGCGGUCCCCUAGUCCUCUGGAGCUGUGCACCUCCAGUCCUUUGGAGCAGUGGACCCCAAGUCCACAGAAGUACCUCGAUGUCUCGCCCACUAACGAACGAAGCUGGUAUUGUGAUGCGAUAGAUGCAAUCCAAAGUAUUAGCGACAUGCGAAGCUCGAAAGAGCGGCGCUUGCUCACUGAGUCAGUUUCCUUGGGAAAUUCCCCUGUCUCAAGAGAGAAGAUAAACCCCCAGGCUGGAUGUCCCCGUCCUCUCCAGGCUAUUUCUGCUGAAAGGAAAGCUCUCAGGCGAGCGUUUUCAUGGUACCUCGCUGGGCAUGAUGAACGAAUGAAGACAUUUGGACUUGUGGAGAGUCUACCACAGAAGCGAAGUGAUAAAAUGGUUAAGGAGAAAGAUGGUGGCGUUCAUUGCAGAGAUACUUUGCCUAAGAAUGAGACAAGUGAUCGUCAGUUGGUAUGCCCAGUAAACAAGACAGAUGUUGUUCUGCACACCAGGGGAUCUUCAGAUUCCGACAGUGGUGACUCGGGAUCGGCUACUUUCUCCAUAGAUCUGAACCAGGGUGACAGCCCUAGUCAGAAUGGAAAUGGGUGUGUUGCAGCUGAUGCCCGAGAUGGCAUUACUACGAGUGCCUCGUCGCGAGCGGGAAUAGACAAGGAGAAUGCAGCGGCUAGGGUCCGUCAGGAACCUUGCAAAAGCAUCUUGCAAAUUUCAGAGCAAUCCUCGUUAUCAAAUAACAAGCAUUUUAGGUGCUCUCAAGAUAUUGUCCCUGAGAGAUCCAUUCUAGGGUCGAUGCCAUUCAACCAUUGGGAUAAAAACCCAACAGAUCUGUACAAUGCGGAAUCAAGAGUUGAAUGGCGAGCAACGGCUAUACCCUCGUCCAGAAGCUAUUGAAUAAUUGUCCCCAUGUCCACACUGCAAGCAAGAAUCUCGCGCAAUGAUUUAUUUAAUGGGGUCACAGGAAGGACAGUCUAUCCUUAGUCGCUAAUUCAACUCCAAUAUGAAGACUACAGAUCUAAGAGAUCACUAGUACGAGACCUAUUGCAGCUGCUUGUCUGAUCACAAGGGGAGUAGGUGCAAAGCAUAUUGAGUUUUUUGUAAAUUUAGGCACAUUUUCCUUUAUGGCAUUACUUCUCUGCAUUGGCAAAACAGAAGUUUUCCCAUCAGUGGCCAACUUUGUUAAUAAUGUAUUACAAUUUCAUGGAUUUAUUUCUUCUGGUUAA